GAUCUGUGAAGGGACAGCCACGGACAAAAUUUGUGACGCGCAUCGCAAUGCAGCUACAGGCUUUGAUGAAGGCACUGCCGCUCUUCGUCAUUGUCCGCCUCUCGUUGUUUCAGGACACGCUGUCCAAGAAGGAUUUGGCAAGCCCUUCCUUCACUCCACAGGUCAGUGCUCCCUUUAUGCCGGAGUCAAAGGAGGCCAUUGAUGCGAAAGAUCUUGAUGGCUUGAUGGAAGGCGUCUGGGCGAAAGGUCAAUUCGAGAAUGCGACCAUAUGCAAAAUGGUAGACUUGAAUCACAGCACAACCAAGACCAUCUCGGAGUGCAAUUUUACCUUGACUUAGCUCUGUAAAAUCUGUAAAUUAAAAAGUGGAGAUAUUGCACUUGAAAUAUCUCAGUCUGUAUGGGCGAAACGAGCGAACUGUUUGCAUUUCGCUAAACUGAUUGGGCACACCGUGCGGCACACCUGGAUUCGUU